UUUCAUUUGUGACAUCACCCUUGAACCUUUUGAUGCGUAGUCUUCCAUGUGAUAGGUCAUCUGCCGUGUGUGAUACCGCGCCGUGAUUGGCUUCUUCUCAGGCCAACCAUACUCGUGGAAAAGGAUCUGGAAACAUGCAGGUGUCCUGGCCAGAGUGAGGCUGCUGAGCCACCGAGCCACACGGGAGGGAUGCGGACAGACCCGGCCCAUACGUUCCCCUUGGACAAGGAAUUGGAGUCAUGCUAUCCGGUAGGCAGUAAAAACCUGACAAAAGCAAGACCAUCACAAAAAGAAGUUGAGUUUCAGGCAAGAUCUGAUAACAAGGCGCUUUAUAAGGCCGACAGUGCCGAGAGGUUGCUCUAUAGACACCUUGAAGCUCAGAAAAGAAAAUAUGCAUUCAGAAAAAGUGAUGGUCAUCAUUUGCACCUUUGCCAUCUUGGCAAUUUCAGCUUACCCACAUCGUGGCACCAGGGAAGUGACCUGGACUGAUUCCAAGGCUAAUCAGGCUCAACCCAAAUCAGAAAUCACAAAAGAAGCAGAUAAAAUCUACAAGAGCCAAAUUGACGACAGCAGCCUCUACCACAACGAGGACGAGUACAACAAAAACCCGGUUUCGGAUGAGAUGCAGCGUAAGAUCAUCGGGGAGUCAGACCGCCUUCGAGCCCGUUUGCAUCAGGAACUGGCACAGCUGAGGGAGAGGCUGGCUCCGUCCCCAGCCCACCUCGCCUCCAUGCUGGCCAGCGUGAGGGAACGCUUGGCCCCGCUUGCCCAGCAACUCGACAACAACACACAGGGCCUGUGCAACCAGCUCAAGAUGUACGUCAGUCCGGAGGUCAACCCGUAUCCGGAGGUCCACGGCUGGAUGACGCAAGAGCUGGAGCAGAGUGCCUCCAAGAUGGCUGACAUCCUAGCUGAAUUCAUGUCUCAAACCAGAGAGGUGACGGAACGCCUGAGAGAGAUGAGUGAGGUGGAGGUGGCUCAUGAGGAUUUCUGGCGUGGAUUUAGUUCUAGGCUAGAAUCAGAAGUGAAGUCACUCAAGGCAGAGGUACAGAAUAGUUUGGAGACUCUUAAAGCAGAACUCGCCGAUCAGUCUGAAAGCGUGCGGCCCCUCAAGGCCGCGGUGGAAUGCUUCUGCCAACUCCAAACUUCUCAAGCCAGGAUUGAGAGAUUGCUCACGUCAAUGGAGGAGGAGCUGGAAGUCCAGUUGAGUUCUUCCCACCCUGUAUAUUCUGGUGGCUUAUUGCAGGAAGACUUCUCUGUCAAACUGUCCGCUCUCAUCCAGGACAUUUUGCAUUCAGUGCAGUGACAUGUCAAUACAGAGACGAUAAACCGAGACACCCUCACCCGCUUGUUUGUUUAGCACAUUGUUGGCUUACAAGGUAGUGACCAGCCUUUACAUAACCUACUGGGUCAAAGGUAACCCAAAUUGGGUGAAAUCGCUCAUCCACCACUGCAUAGGUGUCAAACCCAAGGCCCGGGGGCCAGAUACGGCCCACCACAUCAUUUUAUGCGGCCCGCGAAGACAAAGUUUGCAUUGAAUUUGUGUCUUUACUGAAAUAACAAAUUGUCCUCACUUUUAAAAAAAAUAGGGACGUUGCUAGCAAUUUUUAUUACAAUUCGUCUUUUUAAAAUAUUUGAUUCCAAAACGAGUUAUUCAUCGGUUUGUUGUGGAGCUGAGAGUGUAUGACAUGUCAACCCAGCGAAUCGGGGUGAGGAUUUGAACCAGCACGUCGGGUCAAGAUUUUGUUCCAUCAAUAGGUAGAAACGAUAACAAGAAAUGUGUUUCCAGAAUAUCAAUAUAGCUGCGAUUGAAAAUUCUUGUGUUUAAAGUCAGCAGUAUUACCAUUAACAGUUUCUAAUCAUGUUACCAGUCCUGCAAUUCUAAUGGAUGUUCUUCAAAUGCAAAUUAAGUUUUUCUCUUCAAUGUAACGAAAACCAUCACAUGCACUCCAGGAAGGAUUUUUGCAGGAUCCGUCCUUAUUUUCAAAAUGGCUUCCUCUAAUGAACAUUUGAAGGGAAAUCUUGUUGUGACAACAAACUUUUAGUUAGUAGUUGCUUGUCAAAUGUUUUUAUUGUUUUGUGUGUUAACACAGAAAUUUAGUAGUAUUUUUUGUAGAUACAAAAAAAAACUGUUAAAAAAAUAUAUUUUGUUGUUGGUGUUUGUUUCAUGUUUGUAGUGAAGUCUUUUACAGUACAUAUGUAAACGUUAGGGCACUACAUGAUGUGUAUGUACAGAAACUUUUUUGUCAAUAAUUAUGUAAAUAUUUUCUAUAUUGCUGUAAACAAACUCAUGGGAAAUGUAACUGUAAAUGAUUCUGUUUUAUUUUAAUCUCACAAGAAAGGAAACACUACAGUGCAAAUGAAUGACAGGAAGUAGAUAAAGGCAUUUGCUUUAACACACACAAAAAAUUUGAACUGCCUUUCAUCCAUUCAACAAUUUUCUACUGGAAGAUGGCUGAAAAUAUAAUAUGAAUGCAAAUAUUUGCU